AUGAUAGUCACACCAAGAAUUUUUGGUCAAUUUUUUCCGGAAACCUUGUUCUUUAUCCCCAUGAAUGUAUUCUCAAUGGUAUUUGCCCUAUCAUGGCUAGCAUUUAUCUACCCAACAAAAUGGGCCCCCUCACGCUUCCAAUCAGUCUGAGCAAGUUUUCGAGAAAACGUUUUAGAAAUGAUUUUCCAAAAUACAAGACCAAGCACCGCUCCCUGAGCAGGACUAAUAACAGCGGUAUUCGUAAUAAUUCUAUCUGUUAAUGUUCUAGGUCUAUUUCCCUACGCUUUUACGGCUACCAGACACAUAUCUUUGACAUACAGACUAGGUUUUCCUUUGUGAAUGGCCGUUAAAAUCCUAGGAUUUUACCUUGCCUUCAAAAGACGACUAAGCCACCUGGUUCCACAAGGAACACCUAAUGCACUGAUUCCUUUGAUGGUAUGAAUAGAGACUCUAAGACUUUUUGCACAGCCCAUAGCACUUGGGCUGCGAUUAGCUGCCAACCUCACGGCAGGCCACCUUUUGAUUUUUCUACUUUCUACCGCCAUAUGACUUCUCUCCUCUAGCCCAAUGAUCAGAAUUCCAAUCUUUGUAAUCUUCGUCUUACUAUUUGUAUUGGAAAUAGGGGUGGCCUGCAUCCAGGCGUAUGUAUUCACCGCACUAGUUCACUUCUACCUACAACAGAACAUUUAA